AUGCAAGAAGAACAAGUUCAAUGGAAUAAACAACAUGCCAUUAAUCUCAAAUCUAUCUUGGAUAAAAUUAAUGAGAUGUAUCAAAUCAUCCGAGACUUUAAAGAGACAAAAAGAAAGUCUAUUCAACCAAAUAACACCAUUCAUCCAUCUCUUACCACCACACUCACUCCCAAAUCAAACAAUAAGCAAUUAGAAAUAAACACUCAUGAAGGGUCAGCAAAAAAGAAAAGUUCUAAUCCUCUCAUCAACAAUUUAUCUCAUAAUAACAAAUUUAAAAAUCAAGAAAACACACAAAGAACAAAUGCAUUGCAAUCCUUAGUUGAUCUUCAAGAUAAUCUACGUAAAAGAACAAAAGAACUAUCAAAAACACCAACAAAACGACUUGAAAUAGAAGAUGUUCCUAAUCAAAAGAAAAGAAGUAUUGAUGAGUAUUGA